GGUAACUUCUUCUGGGAUUCUUCCCUUUCAGGUGCUGCAAUGACUAGACUCUUCCUUUGGUUGACCUUCCUGCUCCUCUCCCUUCUGGAACCCAAGACUUCUGCUGAAAAUGAGACUACAGUAGUCACCAGCAGUGGCCCUAUCCAGGGAAAGCAUCUCUCAGCUGGCUCAAGAAAUGUUACAGCCUAUCUGGGCAUCCCCUAUGCAGAACCCCCUGUGGGGAAAUUGCGUUUCCAGAAGCCUCUUCCCCAUAAGCCAUGGAGCCAUAUCCUGGAAGCCAGCAACUUUGGAAAUUCGUGCCCACAAGUAGUUGUUAAUGGCACUCCUGAUGCUGCCAUAUUCAAUGCCAACACACCCCUUUCAGAGGACUGUCUCUUCCUCAAUGUCUGGGUGCCCCAUCCCCGGCCCUCCACACCUGCUGCAGUCCUUGUCUGGAUCCAUGGUGGGGGAUUUGUUGUUGGCACAGCUUCCCUGGCCAUAUAUGAUGGGGCAUUCUUAGCUGCUACCGAGAAUGUCAUUGUGGUUUCUAUGAAUUACCGUCUGGGAGCUCUAGGCUUCCUUUCAUUGCCACCAGCUGCCCCAGGGAACAUAGGCCUGUUCGACCAGCAGUUGGCCCUAAGAUGGGUGAGGGAGAAUGCAGCUGUUUUUGGAGGAGCCCCAUUUCAGAUAACCAUUUUUGGUCAUAGUGCCGGAGGAGUGUCUGUCAGCUAUCACCUCCUCUCACCAGGGAGUCAGCAUCUAUUUGACCGUGCUGUGCUGCAGAGUGGGUCGGCCAUUGCACCCUGGACUUGGGAGAGUCCUGAGGAGGCAAAGAGGAGAUCCUUGGCCCUGGCUAAGCUCAUGGGCUGUACAGAAGGUGAGGUGAGUGCCAUAGUGAGUUGCUUGCAGGAAAAGAAAAUGGAAGAAUUUCCAAUAUAUACAUUGUUUAUGUUGGAAACCAAGACCGGUCUGCACCAUCCCUUUGUACCAACAACAGAUGGAGAUUUCCUUCCUGAUGAUCCACAGAAAUGUGUGGAGUCUGGGCACUUUCAGCCUAAGCCUAUUAUGAUUGGUACCGCCUCUGAUGAAGGGUCUGUGCUUGUCUACGCUGCUGCUCCUUACUUCAAUGGAACCCUUUUGACCUGGGAGCAGUUCUUGGAAGGGCUGAACAUAAGCAUAUGCAAUGCAACAGAAGAUUUCAUCCAAUCCAUUGCUUGGAGGUACAAUGAAUCAGAACCAAAAGGUCCAGCACACUAUCGUUCUGCCUUGGUCCAUGCCUGGGGUGAUUACUUCUUUGUAUGUCCAGCAAACGAAAUUGCCACAGAAACUGCAAAGACUGGAAGCCCUGUGUAUGCUUACACUUUCACCCAUCGUAGCAUUGGCUCUGUCUGGCCCGAGUGGAUGGGGUCAAACCAUGGAUCUGAGCUCCCAUACGUUUUUGGGACGCUGACCUUAUUACCAGGAACCAAUGCAACUCACACAGAGGCAGAGUUAGAGCUAAUCCCCCGAGUGAUGCGAUACUGGGCGGAAUUUGCCAGAAGCGGCAAUCCCACCCCUUCAGAUGUUGGUGAGACAAAAUGGCCGUUCUACAACCCUGCAAAGCAGAACUUCUUUCGCAUCAGCACAGAGCCACCUCAAGUCAUGAAGCCCUCACCCGCUCGGCUCUGCAGGUUUUGGAAGGAGAGCUUAUCAGAGGCAUAGAGAGGCCAA